UUUAAGGUGGGGGCCGUGGUGGAAAGUUAUUAGCUUGAUGAAGAAAGAGAUCUUCCGGGAAAAUCAGUCAGCAGUGGCUAAUUCAAAAAAUGAUUCUGCAACUGAAACGAGUGUAAAUGCAACAGGUGGAAAUGCAGAGAUUCGACAAGAUAGAAAUAGUCGGCAAGGAAGUAUCAUUAUUGGGAUCGAUAAGGAAGAUGAUUCCCGCCGUUUUUCAAUGUUAUGGGACUCAUUCAAAGCGAGGAAAAGUAUCGGUGGAAAUAACUUGGCUUUGUUCGAAGAGCCAAGUGAACCUUUCAUUAGUUCCUACCUCAAAGGUUACACGACGCCAGGACCAUUAGAACGUGAAAAAAGCAAGCAUGCUAAGGCAGAACUUGGUGUUAUGCUAGGUGUUUAUUUACCAACAAUUCAGCAUAUCCUUGGUGUAACUAUGUUUAUACGCCUUUUUUGGAUGGUUGGUAUCGCUGGUAUCGCUCAAACCUUUUUUCUAUUGUUCAUCUGCUGCCUUUGUACGUUCUUGACCUGCAUAAGCUUAUCAGCUAUAGCAACAAAUGGCGUCGUAGAAAGUGGUGGUGCAUAUUUCAUGAUUUCGCGAAACCUUGGACCUGAAUUCGGCUCAGCUGUUGGCAUACUAUUUUAUUUAGCGAAUACUGUUGCUACAGCGAUGUAUCUUGUCGGUGGCGUCGAAAUAUUACUGCUUUACAUAUUUCCUGAUUUAACAAUCGGUGGUACAGAAGUUCAUUCAGACACGGGGCUGUUAGGUUGGAUGUCGCACAACUUGCGAUUUUACUCCACCAUUUUGUUGCUGCUGGAAUUUGCAAUUGUAGCAAUGGGAGUUAAAUUCGUCCAGCUCUUUGCGCCGAUAUCACUGUUUUGUGUUAUCCUAUCAAUCUUCGCUUGUUACGCUGGUGGAAUCGAAAAAACGAUCACAUCGUCUGAUGCACAGCAUGUGUGCAUGUUGGGCAAACAUUUACUACAAGCACGAGUUGUUCUACCUGGCGAUGCUCCGCUUUCUGAUAUUUGCAAUUAUUGUAAUGCUUCUGCGCCUGGGCCAUUAUUAAAUUAUUUUUGCCCAAAUGGCGAAUGCUCCGAAAUGUUUGUAAAAAAUGAAUUACGUUGCAUCAAUGGCUUUCCGGGAUUUGGAAGCAGCGCCUUUGUCGAUAAUUUGGGAUCGAAUUAUGUUGGCAAAAACGAAUAUCUGAAUGGAAGAUCAGCUGAUCGAAAUGUGGAAAUAUUCCAGGACGUUAAGACAACAUUUUUCAUGUUGCUUGCCAUUUAUUUCCCAGCAGUUACUGGAAUUCUGACCGGCGCUAACAUGAGCGGAGAUUUAAAGGAUCCGAAUUUCUCAAUCCCAGCAGGUACUAUUGCUGCUCAGCUGACGACAUCAUUCAUUUAUUUCUCGCUUGCUUUGGUUUUUGGUUCAACAAUUAAUGGCGCUGUAUUGCGAGACAAAUAUGGGCAAUCAUUACGUGGUGGCAUGAUUGUUGCCAAUUUAGCUUGGCCCACAGAAUGGGUUUUAUUGGCUGGAUCAUUCCUGUCGACAUUUGGUGCUGCUCUUCAGUGCCUCUGCAGUGCACCACGUCUCUUACAAUCAAUUGCUAAAGAUGACGUAAUACCAAUUUUGAAACCAUUCGCAAAAGUUACGUCCAAAAACGAACCAUUCAAAGGAUUGGUAAUAACGAUUAUAAUAGCGGAAUUAUCAAUACUAAUGGGCGCAAUGGAUCAUAUAGCUGCUGUGGUUGAUUUCUUCUUCCUGAUGUGUUACGCAUUUGUGAAUUUGAUCUGUGCAUUGCACUCACUUCUCGGUGCACCCAAUUGGAGACCACGAUUCAAAUUCUACCACUGGUCUUUAGCAUUACUUGGUGCAGGACUUUGCUUUUUCAUCAUGUUUAGCACCCACUGGGACUAUGCAAUUGUUUCAUGUGUGCUUUGUCUUGUUAUAUACAAAUAUGUCGAAUGGAAGGGUGCUAAGAAAGAAUGGGGCGAUGGAAUCCGUGGUUUAGCCUUGACAACAGCGCAAUAUUCAUUGAUGAAAAUUAAUGAGAAAGAUCCACAUCCGAAGAAUUUCCGACCGCAGUUACUGUUGCUUUUAUCAAUGCCUUGGUCCAAAGAACUUGUUGAUAUGCGCUAUUUGAAUUUGAUCAAUUUAGCAUCACAGCUUAAAGCUAGUCGUGGCUUAACCAUUGUUGUUGCAUUCAUACGUGGCAAUCCUCUAGUUAUCGAUGACAGGAAAAAAGCAGAAGAGGUCAAAGCACGAAUGGAAUUUGACAUGAAUCAAAUCAGGCUUCGUGGAUUUGCAAAAACAUUGGUGUACGGUGAGACACAGAUUGGAGGAAGUGUUUCAACGUUAAUUCAAAGUGUCGGAAUGGGUGGAUUACGACCUAAUACACUUCUGCUAAGUUGGCCUGUUCACACUCACGGCUCUUCACGUGAAGCUAUUGAUUCAGAAUAUCAUACAUUCACCGAUAAAUUGCAUGUUGGUGUUGCAACAGAUAUGUGCCUUGUUGUUGCCAAAGAUAUUGUUAAUUUCCCAGUUUCGGCUAUUCGCCUUGUUGGAACCAUUGACGUUUAUUGGAUUGUACAAGAUGGCGGUCUAUGUAUACUUAUCGCUUAUUUAUUGACUCAGAGCAAGGUGUGGCGGGGAUGCAAACUUCGAGUGAUAGCAAUUGCGCAGGAAAUGGAUAAUAACACAAAGCUGCAAGCAGAUCUUCAGAAAUAUGUUUAUCAGCUAAGGAUUGAUGCCAGAAUAAUGGUCAUCGAACUAUCAGACCCCAAAAUUUCAAAGAAUGCUUUCGAAAGGACACUUCUUAUGGAGGAGAGAACUCGAUAUAUGCAUGAAAUGCGUGAAAUAAAAGGAAAAUUGAGUAAAAUAUCGCCUUUGGUAUUGGCAGAAAUGAAGCAAAAUGGCAAGCUGAAUAGUGAUGAUAAUGAUACGGACAGUGAAACAAAGGGGAAGACUGAUGAUAAAAAUGAUGAUGAGGAUAAUGAGGAAACGCCGACAUCGUCGAAAGAAAAAGUAUCACCGCUAAAGAAAGUAGCAUCAUCGUCGGAAAAAAUGCCAUCAAAUCAUGAUGAAAAGCGAGUGACAAUAGCAGAAUCGAAGAAUGAAAUGGUAGGAGGUAAUGACAAAGAUGAUCGUGACAAAAAAUUCAGGAUGCUCGACAAAAAGAAAGUGCGCAAAAUGCACACAGCAGUUCGACUGAAUGAAUUGAUUCUUGCAAAUUCCGCCGACAGUCAACUAGUUUUGCUCAAUUUACCAAAGCCUCCGGUUGCCAAAGAAGGUCUUGAUGAUUACAUGCACUACCUUGAAGUACUGUCUGAUAAAAUUCCUCGUAUUUUAUUUAUACGAGGAACAGGCAAAGAAGUUAUCACAACAUAUUCUUGAUUCUUUACAUUUUUUUCCUUUGUUAUUACACAUUUAUUUAAAGUAAAAAAAAAUUUAUCCGACCUUCCUUUCGUCUCGAAAGGCGUAAAAAGACUCCAAAGAUAAUAGAUUCCAAGAAUAUACAAGU